GAUGAUCCAAAUGACAGCAAAGCUGGAAAAAGAAAGCAGAUCCGAAAAGUUAUGUCAAACAAAAGAUUGGAGGAUUCAACAAAAGCUGCAGCGAGGGCUGAGGAGAAAAGGAGGAGAAGAAUAGCUACUAAACAGAGGGAGUUCAACAUUGAGACAGUCACAGAUGAAAACAACCCCAUGGACUGUCCCAUGACAACCAAGCUGGUACUGGAACCUGGCAGGGAGGAAGGUGAUGAUCCGCUGAUACAGGUCAACAAGAAACUUGUUCGCAAGCUGAAGCCACAUCAGGUGGAUGCUGUCCAAUUCAUGUGGGACUGCAUGUAUGAAAGUGUCAAACGCUCUAAGAAGGAAUCAGGUUCUGGCUGUAUACUCGCUCACUGUAUGGGUCUGGGGAAAACUUUGUCGGUAGUCUCGUUUGUUCACACCAUAUUGUCCCAUGAGAAGGUUCUUAAUCAGCGGACAUGCCUAGUUGUUAGUCCUCUAAACACAGUCCUUAACUGGAGAAAUGAGUGGGGUAUGUGGCUGGAUGAGGAGGACCAGCUUGAGGUGUGGGAGCUUGCCAGCUGCAAGCAGAAUGCUGCCCGUGUUGAAGCCUUGAAAGAGUGGCAAGCAAAUGGAGGGAUUAUGAUCAUGGGCUAUGAGAUGUACCGCAAUUUGACCACUGGCAGCAGGUGCAAGAAUAAAAGGCAGAAAAAAAUCUUUCAGGAUACUUUGGUUGAUCCAGGCCCUGAUUUAGUGAUCUGUGAUGAAGGACAUAUCCUAAAGAAUGAAACAUCUGCUAUUUCUAAAGCCAUGAAUCAGAUGAAAACGAGGAGGAGGGUAGUCCUGACUGGCACACCAUUACAAAACAAUUUAACAGAAUAUCAUUGCAUGGUCAGCUUUGUGAAACCUAGCCUGCUGGGUACCAGGAAGGAGUUCACUAACCGGUUCAUCAACCCCAUACAGAAUGGACAGUGUACAGACAGCACCAUCAGAGAUGUCAAAGUCAUGAAAGCUAGGGCUCAUGUGCUGCACGAGAUGCUGGCCGGAUGUGUACAGAGAAGAGAUUACUCAGCAUUGACAAAGUUUCUACCCCCUAAGCAAGAAUAUGUUAUUUCAGUACGACUUACAAACAUACAGAUUGAGCUGUAUGAGAAGUACCUGGAGAUCACAGGCCAGGGAGUGGAUGGUGUCUACACUAACAAAGGGGCACGUCUGUUCGCUGAUUACCAAAAUCUCAUGAAGAUUUGGACCCAUCCUUGGGUACUGAAACUAGCAGAGAUCAGGGAUGAAUUGAAGAUGAAAUAUGAUGAUGAUGAAGAUUCCUUUAUUGAGGAUGAUUCCGAAGAGGAACAGUCUUUUUCUAGCUCUGGCUCAUCAAGUGAGGAUGACAAAGGAGUUAGCGAAAAUGGCAAGAAAGGAGCUAGUGCCAAAACGAACGUGCAGAGAGGGACAAAGAGAACCAGGGCAAAGGCCAGAAGACAAGCUGGAGAGGAUAGUGACCCAGAAGAAGUAAUUGCAGAGUGGAAGUCCAAGACUCGGACUAGCAAGGUUGGGGAUGAUGCUAAAAUGGAAGAGACAGACAGGUCGGUAACAAAAGAAUGGUGGGCAGCUUAUGUGACCGAAGAUGACAAGCUGAAGUUGGAGCUCAGCAACAAACUCUUUUUGUUGUUUGAAAUCCUCAGAAUGUGUGAGGAAAUUGGUGAUAAAGUGCUGAUCUUUAGCCAGAGCAUCUUAUCUCUAAAUAUUAUUGAGAGCUUCCUAGAGGUUGUGGACUCCAAAUACCAGCAAGAGCGUGAAAGCCUUACUGAGGAAGAACAUGAGAAGGAGAUGUUUGGCCGCAGCUGGACAAAGAACUUGGAUUACUAUCGUAUGGAUGGCUCUACAAGUGCCCAGAAUAGGCAGCUGUGGGCUUCAAACUUCAAUGAUAUUGACAAUUAUAGCACGACUUUUUCCUCAUCUCCACCCGAGCCGGUGGCUUGGGCAUCAAUCUGGUGGCUGCUAACCAGAGUGAUCAUCUUUGAUGCUUCUUGGAACCCCUCUCAUGACGUGCAGUCCAUCUUUAGGGUGUACCGCUUCGGGCAGACUAAACCUUGCUACAUUUACAGGUUUCUUGCUCAGGGUACAAUGGAAGAGAAGAUCUAUGAGCGACAGGUGACCAAACUGUCACUGUCCCAGCGUGUAGUAGAUGAACAUCAGAUUGAGAGACAUUUCUCUGCCAAUGAUCUCAAGGAGCUCUACAACUUCCGGCCUGAUAGGUGGGAUGAUGGAACUGAAAAGCCAACGCUGGCACUGCCCAAGGACCCACUGUUAGCUGAAGUCCUAACGACCAACAAGCACUGUGUGUUUGCCUUCCAUGAACACGACUCCUUGUUGGAGAACCAGGUGGAACAGACUUUAACAGAGGAAGAGAAAAAGGCAGCCUGGGAGGAGUAUGAGAAUGAAAAGAAGGGUAUCAUUAUCAGAGGUCCAGGUAUGGAGAGGACGGCCAGCUGGCCAAUGAUGGCAGCCGCCCAGAUCUUGAGCAGAGAGCAGAUUACAGCCACAGUGCAGGCACUAAGGCAGCAGCUACCUGAUGUUUCUGAAGAUCUGUUUCACCUACAUUUGCAACAAGCACUGAGGAGACAAGUCCAGAUCAAACAGGAGGAGAUGAGAAGGGGUGCUGGCCACUUAGGCAUGAUGCCUUCAGCUUCCAUGUCUUUGCUGGGCCAGGCUUUGAAUAACGCCCCACUCAGCAACAAGCCCGAGGAGCCUAUUGAUCUUGAAGAUAAUUAA